UACCUCUCUUGCCUCUUUUGUGCUCUAACUAAUGGCUCUUCACUCCAUCUUCUACAUUUUUGUCUUGAUUGUUUUUUCAGCCUGUCCGUUGCUCGCCAUCUCUGCUAAUCAGUCUCAUCAGGCGCACUUCUUUAAUAUCAUGAAAACUACUUUGGCAGGAAAUGCUUUGUCCGAUUGGGAUGUAAAUGGGGGCAGAUCAUCACCUUGCAAUUUCACAGGAGUCGGUUGCAACGAUCGAGGGUAUGUUGAAAGGAUUGAUAUAACUGGAUGGUCAAUCUCUGGCCAGUUUCCUGCUGGUAUUUGCUUGUACCUACCACAGCUGCGCGUUCUCCGUCUAGGUUUCAACUAUCUCCACGGUGACUUUGUCCACAGCAUCAACAAUUGUUCUCUCUUGGAAGAGCUGGAUUUGAGUUAUUUGUAUCUUGGCGGAACACUUCCUGAUUUCUCAACGCUAAACUAUCUUCGUAUUCUGAACAUCCCAUGCAACCACUUUAGAGGUGAAUUUCCACUAUCAGUGAUUAAUCUCACCAAUCUAGAUAUACUCAACUUCGGUUUGAAUCCAGAACUCAAGUCAUGGGUACUGCCAAAGACCAUUUCCAGGCUGUCAAAGCUCAAAGUUUUAGGCUUAAGAUUAUGCAAUUUGCAUGGUCCGAUACCAUCAACAAUUGGAAACAUCACAUCCCUUGUUGAACUUGACUUGAGUAAAAAUUUCCUGUCCGGCGAGAUUCCUGCAGAGGUUGGAUUGCUGAAGAACUUGCAAAUGCUCGAGUUUUUUUAUAAUUCUCACCUUUAUGGCAAUAUACCUGAAGAACUUGGUAAUUUGACAGAGCUUGUAGAUUGGGAUAUGUCAGGCAAUAACUUGACAGGAAAUGUUCCUGAAUCUGUAUGUCGCCUUCCAAAGCUUAAAGCACUGCUGCUUUACAAGAACCACCUCACUGGAAAAAUCCCAAAUGUUGUUGCAAAUUCAACAGCAUUGCGCAUAUUUUCAAUUUAUCAAAACCAUUUGACGGGGGAAGUUCCACAUAGUCUAGGGAUGUUAUCACCCAUGUAUCUCCUAGACUUGUCAGAGAACCGCCUAUCAGGCCCAUUACCUACAGAAGUUUGCAAAGGAGGUAACCUUUUGUACUUUCUUGUCUUAGAUAAUAUGUUUUCCGGACAGCUGCCUGACAGUUAUGCAAAAUGCAAGACUCUUCUGCGAUUUCGAGUCAAUAAUAACCGUUUUGAAGGGUCAAUACCUGAAGGACUAUGGGGUCUUCCCCAUGUUUCAAUCAUUGAUUUAAGUUACAACAAUUUCAGCGGUUCAAUUAAAAAGACAAUUGGACUUGCUAAAAACUUGUCACAGUUGUUCUUGCAAUCUAACAAGUUUUCAGGAGUUCUACCUCAUCAAAUCUCCAAGGCUAUCAAUCUCGUAAAGAUUGAUGUUAGCAAUAAUCUCAUAUCCGGUCCAGUACCUUCUCAAAUUGGCUAUCUGACAAAGCUAAAUCUAUUGAUGCUGCAAGGAAACAUGUUGAAUUCUUCCAUCCCGAACUCACUUUCUUUGUUGAAAUCUCUGAAUGUUCUUGAUCUUUCCAACAACCUAUUGACUGGAAAUGUGCCAGAAAGCCUCAGUGUGUUGUUACCAAACUUCAUGAACUUUUCAAACAAUCGUCUUUCUGGUUCAAUUCCUCUCCCUUUGAUAAAAGGUGGUUUGUUAGAUAGCUUUUCAGGUAAUCCAAGUCUUUGUAUUCCAGUCUAUAUUUCAUCGCAUCAAAAUUUCCCCAUAUGCUCACAAACCUAUAACCGAAAAAGACUGAAUUUUGUCCUGGUGAUAGAUAUUUCAGUAGUAACAAUUACUGUUGGAAUUCUCUUGUUUUUAGUACGUAAAUUCUACAGAGAAAGAGUUACGGUCAGAUGUGACACCACUUCUUCAUCAUUCACUCUAUAUGAAGUAAAGAGCUUCCACCAAAUAAUCUUCAGCCAAGAAGAGAUCAUUGAAGGUCUAGUUGAUGAUAACAUUGUAGGCCGCGGAGGGUUUGGGACAGUGUACAAAAUUGAAUUGAGUAGCAUGAAGGUUGUUGCAGUGAAGAAACUGUCGAGUACUUCAGAGAAUCAAUUGGUUUUGGAUAAGGAAUUUGAAAGUGAGGUUGACACUCUAGGAUUAAUAAGGCACAAGAAUAUAAUAAAAUUGUACUGCAUCCUCUCAAGUCCAAGAUCCAGCCUGUUGGUUUAUGAGUAUAUGCCAAAUGGAAACCUGUGGGAAGCACUUCACACCGACAAUGACAGGAUCAACCUGAAUUGGUCUACUCGUUAUAACAUAGCACUUGGAGUUGCACAAGGCUUGGCCUAUCUUCACCACAACCUGUCGCAACCUAUCAUCCAUAGAGACAUCAAGUCAACCAAUAUCCUGCUAGAUGAUGAGUACCAGCCCAAAGUAGCUGACUUUGGUUUAGCCAAGCUCUUACAAUGUGGAGGGAAAGAUUCCACCACAACUGCUGUUGCAGGGACAUUUGGUUACUUAGCCCCAGAAUAUGCGUAUACAUCAAGAGCAACGACCAAAUGUGAUGUCUAUAGUUUUGGAGUAGUGUUGCUGGAACUUGUUACCGGGAAAAAGCCAGUAGAGGAAGAGUUUGGAGAGGGCAAGAAUAUCAUAGAUUGGGUUGCGAGAAAAGUGGGCACAGAUGAAGGAAUUAUGGAGGCAUUGGACCAUAAACUUUCAGGAUGUUGUAAGAAUGAAAUGGUGCAGGUACUUCAGAUAGCUCACCAAUGUACACUUGAGAAUACAGCUCUUCGCCCAACCAUGAAAGAUGUCGUCCAAUUGUUGACUAGUGCAGAAUCUUUCAGAGUAGAAGCUUGAUCUCAUCAGAAUGAAACUCGACUGAAUUAGACUACGCGUUUCUGUCCUGUGAAUUAGUUUCACGUUUUUUUCUUUUUUUAAACUCAAAAUAAUAGGGUUAAGUUAAUGUUAGUGUUCUAGUACUAGAAGGGUUUUGCUGGAUAUAAUCUAAAUUACUUUAGAUUAAUAGAUAAAAAAGAAGUUUUAUUUGUUAA